CAGCAAACCUAAAAAAAAUCAUUGAUAUCAUACCCGGACAUGGGCGUGAUCUUUUUCAGACGCAAACAACCCCCACCCACCCAACUAGUGGUGUGCCAUUUCGAAGUCCUCCCUCUUUAAACCCCUCUUACGUACAUUCUCUCCGUCUCAAAGAAAACCCCUCUGCAAACCGGCCUGCACGUAUUAUUCGACACUCGACAGAGUAACCAGUCUGACCAACCCCUGACUUCAUCACCUCCUCAUCAUCAUUCCCAUCUUCAAGCUGUAUUAGCACUCAAUUGUGUGAAUGGGCAAUGCCUGCAGCUCCCAGCUUCCUUCAGCUGUCUAUCUGGCCUUAACGCCUCCAUAAUUAACAUCCUCCGCUGCAUCUUCCUCUGACAAAGCCUGUCACACCUCUACAUAUGAAACACAUUAGACUGACCUAGAUUUAUCUUGCAGGAUCAAUCUAACUCAGACUUUUCCAGCACUAACUAUAUUUGUUUGACCUCCCAUCUGAUUAUUUUGUCCUCAAUCAUCUAAGAAGACUUAAAUAUCCUUUCAAAAUAAGCUGCUGCCUCUCAUUCACUUAUUUGGAUCUCUGAAGCUGCAAAUCAAUCAUGUGGUCCACGUUCAUCGUGCAGGAUGAAGAGGUAAGGACAGGGAAUGCAUCUGCUGGGGUACACCAACCUGCGCUGGAAGGGUUUUUGGGAUCACGGGGCGGCGGGCGCAAGCGCCGACAUAGAACACACUCCAAUUCUGGAGAUGGAAUCAGCGAAAGCCAAGAGGGCAAAAUCAAGCUGACGUUAUUCUUGGCUGUAACCGGCAUUAUGCUCACUGUGCUAGGGGUGGGCACAGAGUUCUGGGUGGAACUUACACCACCCAAGAACUUCGACAACAAUCAGACUUGUCUGGUAGCACAUUAUGGCUUAUGGAAAUGCUGUACCAAGACAUUCGGGCUGUCAGAUAUGGACCCAAAGCAGGAGAUCUGUGGGCCUACGCAUGCACAUGGAGAAUCCAAUUGCACCUUCUUUAAGUUCUACACCACUGGAGAAAACAUUGUCCUAUUUCAGAAAACGCCAGAAAAGGAUCUGACAGUAGCAUCGGCUGUGUUAGCUAUCAUUAGUCUUUUCCUGAUGGUGAUGGGAGCUAUGUGCAUUAUCAUGGCAGUAGGCAAAGGUGUUCAGUUCUUCUUGAAGCCAGCCUCAGCUUGCUUCAUACUGUCAGGUGUCCUAAUCUUCCUCUGCCUCAUAAUUUUCCACCAAUCAGUGCUUUUAUUCUUAGCAAGUGACCAAUCCAUACCUCUACGCCAUGAAAUGUCAUGGUCAGUGACGUGUGUGGGCUGUGCAGGGGCUCUGGCUGUUGUUGCUGGGGUCUUCUUCUUGGUCCUUGCUCUUCCAUACAGUCCAUGGAAAAGGUGCCUACCUAAGAAGAACAGUGACAUCUAGUGGUGUGGAGGCUGAAGUGUGCUUCUCAUUCAGAUUGCACUGAAUCUUACUGAUAAUGUGGAACGUAUAACAACAGUCCCAUGCAUCCUGGUGAAUCUGGGAAAAAGGGGUUCAUGAACUGUACACACACACACAUACAAACACACACAACCAAACAGUGGUUGGCAAUGUGAUUAUAGAUGAGUUGGCACAGGAGAGUAUGGUGCUGGAAACGUAACAGGAGGUGACCCAGACAUUUUUGCAGAUUAUAUGUUGUACCAUCUUUUGUGUAAAACUCAUGUGGAAUAUUUCAUUUUUUUAACUAUUCCUUUUAUUAGUUUGUUUGUAAAUGAUAUAAUAUUCUAUGACAAAUAUAAUAUAGCAUAACAUUUGAUGCUGUAUAUUUUGAUUAGCUUUAUAUACCAGAUGGGCUGUUUAGAGAAGAAGACCUUGGAUACUUUAUUUGGAUACUGUUUCAUUUAACCUUUUCUGAAGAUCAUAAUAUAAUAUUUAAAAUCUAGGACUAUAAUUUUGGAAUUUUGCUCAAAUAUAAUUGUAGUGUAAAUGCCUUAUUUGGCAUGAUUGGGUUUCCAGACCAGAGGCAAAGUGAAAUGGAUUGUAACUUUACAAUUGUAGUAACCGAAAUUAAGCUAAUUUAUGUAUGUUUUGUAUUAUAUUUAUGUUUCUAAAGACAUUUACAAUCUUUGACCAAGUCUUGGCAAAGUACAUACCCAAAACACCUACCUUUUCUCCUUCAUGGAAAUCAGCUUCUAUGCCUCCAUGUUAUUUUUUUGUACCCAUGGUGAAGGAAAUAAGAGAACCACUUGAAACCCACAACAAAGCUGCUUGAGAUACAUCAGUGAAUUUAUUCUGCUGCCGGUCGACACUGAUUGUUUAUUAACAGCAAUGCCUUUGACGUGAAGCAACCACAUGGAAUCUCCCAUUGCAUAUUUGAAAAACAGCAUGAUCGCUCACUUUUUCUUUUACUUAUUUAUUUUUUAUUUUUUUAGUAGUGGACAAAACUGCUGCAUUGUCAAUAAAUCAUAAAUAAAAUAAUGAUUAUUUACUGGAA